CCAAAGCUCCAAUUCUGAAAUGCUGAACUAACAAACUUCAAAGUUGAAAGAUGAAAGACAAAAGGGUCCAGUAGCAACAUUGGUUCGCAUUGCUGUGUCUAUUAUUUUCUAGUCAGAGAAUAAACAGAAAACAUAAAGUUGAAUUUUCAGAUCUCGAAAUAGGAUUUGCACAAGAAGCUGGGGAUUGGUCCCGUUGAUGAAUGGGUAAAGAAAGUUAGUUGAAAUCAUCGGAAUCCGAGCAAGCAGUGGUGAGUCCAAUGCUCUGUUUUCGUUCUGUGCGCUGAGGGCGGAGUGAUCGGAGAAGAUGUUGUGCGCCUGUUCUUCCGGUGGGCAGUUCAAAUUCGAAGAGCCGCCGCAGUCGCCGGACUCCCUCGCCACCAGGGAUUUCUCCGCCAGCGGACUCUCUUCCAGGAACACCGGGGAAUGGGAGCCUAAAUUCGAUGAAACGCAAGUAGAACAAGCUGAAUCUACUCUUAAAGAAGCUCUUUCCUUAAACUAUGAGGAGGCCAGGGCUUUAUUGGGGAGACUUGAAUACCAAAGAGGGAAUUUCGAUGCUGCACUUCAAGUGUUUCAGGGUAUAGACAUCAAGGGUUUGACCCCGAGAAUGAUCAAGGCUAUUGCUGAAAGAAUCAAGCAAAGGAAACCACGUUCUAAGGCAGAUAUCGUGGGUUCAAAUGUGAUGUCAUUGCACUCUGUUAGCCUGCUUCUUGAGGCAAUUUUGCUUAAAGCAAGGUCACUGGAGGAACUUGGGGAAUGCAUUGAGGCUGCAAAGGAGUGCAGAAUAAUUCUUGAUACAGUUGAAUCUGCCCUUCCGAAUGGAAUGCCUGAGGGUAUUGGAGAAGAUUGUAAGUUGCAAGAGAUGUUUCAUAAAGCAUUGGAAUUACUUCCAAGGCUUUGGAUCAAAGCAGGAUUUCUGGAUGAAGCUGUAGCUGCAUAUCGUCGUGCUCUGGUCAAGCCAUGGAGUUUGGAUCCACAAAGGUUGGCUUCUGUAGAAAAGGAUUUAGCUACGAUACUACUCUAUGGAGGUGUAGAAGUUAGCUUAUCCUCUCAGCAGCAGGUGUGGGGUAAAACAACUCCUACCAACAGUGUUGAAGAAGCGAUACAUUUGCUAGUAAUACUCAUGAGCAAGGUGGCAAUUGGGGAAAUAGACUGGGAUGCUGAAAUAAUGGAUCAUCUUACUUUUGCACUUUCAGUCACUGGCAUGUUUGAGUUACUUGCGGAUCAUGUAGAGCAGAUCCUUCCAGGUAUCUAUAGUCGGGCUGAGAGGUGGUACUUUCUUGCUCUGUGUUUUAGUGCAGCAGGACAUGAUGAGGUGGCAUUGAACCUUUUAAGGAAGGCUUGCGGCAGUUCUGAAGCAAACCAUAGACCCCAUUUUCCUUCAUUUUUGCUUGGAGCAAAACUCUGUUCCCUAGAUCCUCGCCAUGCUCAUGAAGGCAUUAACUUCUCACGUAAAGUUAUUGAGCUAGCUAAGCAUCAAAAUAAGCAUUUUCUGAGUCAAGGCCAUAAAUUUCUUGGAAUCUGCUAUGGUGCUGCAGCUAGAAUUUCUGUACUCGAUUCUGAAAGAAGUAUAUUUCAAAGAGAGUCUUUGGACUCUCUAAACUGUGCUGCCGUAAAUGGAAAUGAUGACUUGGAAGCAAUAUUCAACCUUGGAUUGGAAAAUGCAAUUCAAAGGAAUCUGGAUGCAGCUUACAACAACAUAAUGACGUUCUCAGACAUGAGUGCUGGCAGUUCGAGAGGUUGGCAGCUGUUAGCACUUAUAGUAUCUGCACUGCAGCGGUUUAAGGAUGCAGAAACUAUAGUUGAUUUUGCUUUAGAUGAGGCUGGGGGGAUGGAUCAACUUGAUCUUCUGAGAUUGAAAGCUGUACUUCAAAUUUCUCAACAGCAACCCAGGCAAGCAAUAGAGACAUUUCGAAUCUUGCUUGCGUUAAUUCAAGCAAAAAAGGAGUUUUGGCUUCAAGAAAACAACAUUGAUCGAGAACAAGCAUUCAGGCAUGAGGCAUUAACAGAAAAGAAGUUGGAAAUGGAAGCCUGGCAGGAUUUGGCUACAAUUUAUACAGAUAUCGGUUGCUUGCUUGAUGCAAAAACUUGUGUUGACAAGGCCCAAUUGAUAGAGUUUUUUUCUCCAAGAAGUUGGCAUAUAGCAGGGGUGGUGCUUGAAGCUCAAUCAUUAUACAGAGAAGCAUUUGUUUCCUUUUCAAUAUCAUUGGCAGUAGAACCAGAUUACAUUCCCAGUAUCAUUUCUACCGCAGAAUUAUUGAUGAAACUUGGUAUGCAAUCACUUCCAAUUGCAAGAAGUUUUUUAAUGAAUGCUUUACGAUUAGAACCUACAAACCACGAUGUUUGGUUCAACCUUGGCUUGGUUUCAAAAAUGGAAGGUUCAUUACAGCAAGCAGCAGAGUUCUUUCAAGCUGCUUAUGAGCUGAAGCUUUCUGCUCCAGUGCAAAAAUUUAAGUAAUCAAGGGAAAGUGAGCUUGCAUAAGAAUGACAGAAAACAUGCGAGCAGCAACUAACUGAGAAAAAUACUCAUCCCACAUUUAUCAUUGCUUGGAUGUUGAUUUGUUGAAAAUGUAUAGCUAAAUCUAGCUACUUAUCAAUAAAUUUUCUUUCUGUUAAAAUCUGUCUUUGUUUCGUAAGUAGAAUUAACCGUGGGUAGAAAUGGUGAAACGUCAUAUAGUCCUGUCAAAUAAUGACAUGAACUAGAUAGUCAAGGCUCUCGUAAUAAUUUUUGUCCUUUUGGCCCACAGUUUCUGUACUGUGGAAGAAAAUGACCUAUUUACAUGGAAUCCUGUCAAAUAGUGACACGAACUAGAUAGUCAAGGUUUUUAUAAUUGUGUGCUC